UGCAGCGAGAAGAACGUCCAUUACGUCAAAGCUUCAGUCUGACCAGCAGCACUGUUUCUUUUUGCCUGAAGAUGUUCACGUUGGUGGCGUUCUGUCACCUUUGGGUCGUGAUCAGCUGCAAUCAGAACUCCACAGUGGUCAGGUUUUCGGUUCUGGAGGAUCACCAUCUGUGCCUUCAGUGUAGCACCGAUGACCGUUCUGAUGUGUUAUGGACCCAUGAGGAUCAGAGGGUUCUGGUCACCAGGCAACAAGACUACAAGACCAACCAGGAUGGCUGGCGCUUCCAGCUGCAGCUCAACGGGGCUCUCUGCAUCCUGCAGCUUGAUGACUCAGACAGUGGGACAUAUCAUUGCAACCAGCAGCUGGUGGCUGAGGUGACCGUGCUGACAGGUCGUGACCUUGUGGUGUCUGAAGGUCAGACCCUCCUGCUGCCAUGCACUGGUUCCACCAAACCAAAGCAACGUUGGUUCCACCGGAGGUUAGGUGCGAAACGAGAAGCCAUCUUCACCCGCUUUAGAAAUGGUACGGUGAGACCCGAGACGGAUCAAAGUCCAACGCGGUUCAGCUUCCAGCAAGAUGCUCUGCAGAUCCUGGACCUGCAACCAGAGGACGCUGGAGAGUACCUGUGCAACGGGCAACUGGAGGCCAGAGUCACCAUCCUGACCGUGCACCCACAGACGACCAGCACAAUGACACAAACACCUGCCGUGACGAAAACAGAUGUGGUGGAAAUAAAGGAGAAUUCUGAGGAUGCUCUGCUGGCGGUGGCCGUGGUCGGAUGCGGUGUGAUGAUCCUCCUGAUGGCAGCAGCCUGCGUUUUACUUUCCAGCAUCAAAUGCAAGAAGAAGAAGAAGAAAAAGAAGAAGUGUGGCCCAGCAGGACACAAACAUGAAAACACGGAGCUGCAGCCAUUUACAAGGCACAAAGAAACCGAGAUUCUGGACCAAACGAUCCACUACGCAUCUCUGGGCCGACAGAACUGGAAGGAGAGACUGAGCAGAACCCUGUCCCAUCAGGACCAGGACCGGCAGGAUGUCAUCUAUUCCUCUGUGGUCACCAGACCUGCAUCCAGCUAGACUCUGGCUGACAAACAAACAAACAAACAUUAUCACUGCAGUGAAAUAACAUCAGGAUCAAGCACGUAAUCACAAAGAUCCUGAUGAUAAGUUUAAUA